AUGGACUCUGCCGUAAAUGAUGCUAUCGACCAAGAAGAAAUCAACCGAGUCCUGAGGUCAAAGCGGAGAACGUUACCAAGAUCAUGCCUUCCAUGCCGCCAGCGAAAGGUCAAGUGUGAUCAUGGUCGCCCAUGUCACACGUGCCGGAAGCGAGGACAUCCACAGAUAUGCUCGUACAGCUACGGUGCGGCUCGGAGCACGGGGCGCUCGGAGGGCCAACCUAUGACUUGGCCGCCGUCUGCAUCUCCGGCCGGGGGACCGGCCGGGCCACCGCCCGAGUCCCCCUCACAAAACGAAGAGAGCCCUGCCCCCCCUUCCGUCCUCAGCGCCGUCCCGCAGACGGGGGAGUCCGACGGCUUAAACAGAUACACCUACUCUGGCGGUAAUUCUCUGCCAUCCAUUUUGCAGUGCUGCAUACACAGCCCGGACGAGUCCAUGAUGCACGAAGCGGCCUCGGUGCUUGGCUUGCGUGACACAUACGAGACUCAUCCCUUCUUGAAGGUCAAGACUCCGCGGACGCGAUGGGCUGCUUUUCUGCAAGUCGUCCCGCAGCGCGAAGAAGUAUUAAAGUCCGAGCUCUCCGAUCUGCAAGGUGAACCGGCAGCUGACAUGUCCAGGUUUUUCCCUGUCUACCGCACGUCUGUAUAUCAAUUCAACCCCAUAAUAGCGGAUAUCGACAGAUUCGAAUCCGACAUGUGCACGUAUCUUUCGGCCCUAGCUUCCGGCUGCCUACGCAAUGCAGAUAACCCCAGCGAUUUAUGGUCUUCGAAUGGGGGAAUGGUGUACGUCAGCCUGCUGCUGGCCACACUUGCCGCUGGGGCUCACUUCUCUGAUCUCCCGUCGCCUGCUCGAUCAGACUUGUGCUCCGCUUUCAUUCGGAGAGCCAUGCAGGCGCUUCGCCUGGCCAAUUUCCUCUGCCGGCCAUCACUCCAUGUUAUCCAAGCCCUUGUCAUAAUCGGCAACACCAUCCUCAACAAUGGGCAGUCUAACGCGGCAUGGACUCUUCUUGGCACUACCACUAGGCUUGCUCAAACAUUAGGCCUUCAUACCGAGAAGGUCGUAGUCCACUGGCCGGAAAACACCAGAUUCGAGGCCCGUGCUGUGUGGUCCUCUAUCCUAGUGCAAGAGUGCUUCUUGAGCUUAUGCUAUGAUCGUCCAUCCAUGCUACCGCUGAGCAGCGCUUGGACACUGCAGAAUUCUUCCAUGGGGGACGAUAUCAACUACAGCCAAGCUAUGUGGCACAUGGUUCGUGCAAUGCUUACUCUCACAAGAGAGGAGCGUUCCAGCCUAUCACGUUCCGUGGAAGUUCUCGCAGAACUAGACGACACUUACAAUCACACUCAGCCUCAUCUGCGACAUCGUUCACAAUGCAAAACUCUACAGGAGCAUCUCCUACAUAUUAGCCUGCAACUAUACUAUCAUUUCCACAUUUCGGUCGUAUGUCGGCCGGUCCUCCAGAAAGCAGAAGCCAACCCUGGAUGUCCUCAUUACCUGAGACUCCAUUCACGAGUCAAAGACAGCCUUAUCGGUGUCUCCAGGGCAUUUCUCGAGUUCAUAGCGCUCAGCCUUGUCCCUCUCCGAACGUGGUCAUCAGUUCAUAUAGGUUUGAGCGCUGCAUUGUUACUUCGUGUAUGGGACGAAACGCGUGAUGACCCUACGUGUAGAGAGCUCCAGCAACAAGUCAUUGAUGCAUUCGGACGACCCAAAUGUGGUAAUGCGUCUAUCGGGCCAAAAGAGACCGUAGGAAACAGCCAAUGGUUGUCAGAUGGCCAUAUUCGCGCCCUGGAUACCCUAGUACGGUCAAUCCGCACAGAGCCCUUAUCUUCAGAGGACAUAUCUUCAGCAGCUGCGGCUCUACCACGCAAAGAGCCCCAGGAGGACACACCCUGUCCUGAAUCGGCGUCGCAGCUGGGACCAGAGCCGUCAGAUGAAUCCUCCGCGGCGUACGGUUACGAGUUAGUAAACGUUAAAGCUCUUGGUUUAUUCUCUCUUGUUCUUCGACCCAGAUGCUGA